AUGAAGGUUAAAACUAUUAGCCGCGUGGAGGAGUCCUACACUCGUGACUGCAAGGGUGACCGGCUUCAAGUGCACCGAAACCGCGACCCCUCCCUGCAUCCUUUUGAAAAGGCAAGAGAGUACACCCGAGCAUUACAGUCAGUAAAGCUUGACAAGAUGUUUGCGAAGCCUCUGGUUGGGGCGUUGGAUGGGCAUGGAGACGGCGUGUUCUGCUCCGCCUCAAGCAGGAGAAAUCUUGUGCAGUUCUUGUCAGGCGCCUGUGACGGGGAGAUCCGACUGUGGGACCUGUCGCGGCGCAGCUGCGUGUGGCGGGCGGUUGGACACCAGGGUUUCGUUCGAGGUCUGUCGGUCACCCCGGACGGAGCCAGCUUCCUGUCCGCGGGGGACGACGGGAUGGUCAAGCAGUGGGAGCUCGGCGUGGCAUCUGAUCUCUCGGAGACGCCGGAACCCACGGCGACUUGGAUGGGCAAGUCGGGCGGCUUUAAGUCCCUCGACCACCACUGGACGGACGCGAAGUUCGCCACGGCUGGAGACUCGGUAGACCUUUGGGACCACAGCAGAGCCGAACCAACGCUCUCGUACCAGUGGGGUGCGGACAGCAACAACUGCGUGAGGUUUAACCCCGCUGAGAGAUGUUUGCUUGCGAGCACUGGCUCCAGCCGAGAAGUGUGCCUCUACGAUACGAGAGCGACGGUGCCUAUGCGCAAGGUUGUCUUGCAAAUGCGAUCAAACGCCGUGGCGUGGAACCCUCAGGAGCCAAUGAAUUUCGUUUGCGCCAACGAGGACACCAAUCUCUACACGUUCGACCUGCGGAACCUCAACCAGGCCUUGAUGAUCCACAAGGACCACGUGUCUGCGGUGAUGGACGUGUCCUUCUCGCCCACGGGGCAGGAGUUCGCGAGCGGGUCGUACGACCGCACGGUUAGGGUCUUCCCGCACCGCGCGGGUCGAUCGCGGGAGGUGUACCACACCAAGCGCAUGCAGCGCGUGUUCUGCGUCAACUUCAGCGCGGAUGCGAGGUUUGUGAUGACGGGCAGCGACGACACGAACCUUCGGAUCUGGAAGGCCAAUGCGUCGGAGAAGCUGGGGAAGGUGGUGCCGAGGGAGGCUAGGAAGCAGGAGUACAGGGACAGCCUCAAGAAGAGGUACGAACACAUGCCCGAAGUGCGGCGAAUUGCGAAGCACCGACACGUGCCGAGAAUCGUCAAGAAGGCGGCGGAGGCGGAGCGCGUGCAGAGGGACAAGGAGCGCCGGAAGGUGGACAACCGCAUCAAGCACAGCAAGGCCGGGACGGUGGAGACGGUGCCAGAGAGAAAGAAGAAGAUCGUCAAGGAGCUCACGUAAAGGCACGCUUUUCUAGUCUUGCGCCCGGUCGUGCUCUUCUGAGGACGGGCGUUUCACGUGUGGCAAUUACUGUUGCUGUGUUGGUAUUUGUUUUUGGCCGGUGGCCCCGAGAGCGCCUUUUGUGUCUCUGUCGUCUGUUGUUAGGAGCUACCAGACAUCUCUCU